GAUCAAAUUGGCAAGUUGGUAGGUGUUUCUUCAUUUAGAAUCCUUGAUUUAGUUGUUAAGGCAGAGAGAUGAAACUGAAGGUGUUAUUGGGGAAAUGAGGAAGAUAGGGAAAGAAAGGAUCUUUAGGCGGCAGAAUGCUUGGUCAAUGGCCUUCUUCGCCACCCAUGUGAAAUGGUUAAUUAGUAUAAGAGAGUUGAAAGAAUCUUUGGUGAUGCCAUCCAUGGAAAAGGGUAGAAAAUGGAGCUGAAAGAGAAUAGAGAACAGAGCAUGUCGCCAUGUUCUAAGCAGUGACAUGAGGGUAUAUGAUUUCACAUUCACUGACUAUGAAAGGUAACUGCACAUGGAAUGAUCGGCUUGGAUUCAGAACACACAUGGAUGCCUCCAUCUACUCCUGAAAGGGCACAUGGAAAUGGGAUUAUUAGAAUAUUCCAUUAAGAGUCAAUCGAGAUUUAGGAGUUUUAAUCACAUCAUAAUCCCUCUAAUUUUUACCGAUGUCCUCAACUUACUGUCUUUGUUUGACUGUCCUGUAUUGCAGCCGUUCAAGGGAAGAAUUUCAUGGCCAGAGACAUGAAGUUCAUCAACACGGCAGGUCCCGAGAAGCACCAAGCAGUAGCCUUCCGAUCAGGAGCCGACAUGUCGGUCUACUACCGGUGCUCGUUCGACGCCUACCAGGACACCCUCUACCCGCACUCCAACCGCCAGUUCUACCGCGACUGCGACAUCACGGGCACCAUCGACUUCAUCUUCGGCAACGCAGCGGUGGUGUUCCAAGGCUGCAAGAUCCAGCCGAGGCAGCCAAUGUCCAACCAGUUCAACACGAUCACGGCGCAGGGGAAGAAGGAUCCCAACCAGAACACGGGGAUCUCGAUUCAGAAAUGCGACUUCACUCCGCUGAGCGCCAAUCUCACGGCCCGUACGUACCUGGGCCGGCCCUGGAAGGACUUCUCCACCACCGUGAUCAUGCAGUCGUCGAUCGGAGGCUUCCUUAACCAGUUGGGCUGGCUGCCGUGGGUCUCUGGCGUGGAGCCGCCCAACACCAUUUUCUAUGCGGAGUAUCAGAACACCGGGCCGGGGUCCAGCGUGGCCGGGAGGGUGAAAUGGGCUGGCUACAAGCCGGCGCUGACCAAGGAUGAAGCAGCAAGGUUCACGGUGGGAUCGUUUAUCCAGGGCGGUGCGUGGCUGCCGGCUACAGCAGUGGCGUUCGAUUCCGCGUUGUGAUUAUAUGGAUAUAAUAUAUAGAGUUUUCUAUGCAGGCAGUGGGCGAAGCAGUAAUAUUAUCAGAGAGACCAGUAAUCUCAGUUACGUUUUCCUUUGUGUCAUCAGCUUUCUUACAUUGUAGUUUGAUUCAAGCACCAACGCCUAACUAUACGUGAGAGGGUUUUCCAGAUUGGAUUGUAACAGUUGUUUGUUUAUAUACGUGGGAGCAGCGCGUCUUUUGUUCAUAGACAUGAAUGAAGGGAAAUCUUUACUGGCUGGUUUUUCCAUUUCUUGUGUUUGGCUUCACAUGUUGCUCCAUUAAUGAAUGGGUAGAAAUAUGGAAUUGGGACUUUGGGAGCAUGGUUCUGGAGAAAGUAACUGACAUUACUGCGGUUGUGUUUGAAUUGAACGGGGUGGUCCGUCUUCAUAAUGAAAAGGUUCUCAGAUC